CCUGGUUUAUGAGGGAAAAUGUAUCGUCUCGGCCAACAGUCUGUCUCCAAGAUCGCCUUCAAUUCCUUUUUAUCCGCUGUGCCACGGGAAUAUUUUCAUUUUACGAGACAAUAUAAUAAAAACUGGUCGAGUAUUGGCUGAUUUUUGAUCAAUUAUACAUUUUUCUGCACGAAAAUGCCGAGGACCAAGAAGAAGAAAAGCAGGGGGGGCCAGCAUGGACAGGUGCAGCCUUUCAGUGAUGAGGAUGCCUCAAUUGAGACCCUCAGUCAUUGCAGCAGCUACAGUGACACUGCCAGUGUCGCAGAUGAAGGUGGCGAGGCCGGUGAAGAUGCAGCCCUGGAGGAUUUCCAGUACAAACUGAAGGGGUUCAUAGAUAGCACGGUCGAUAAGAGUGCCAAGACCAGACAAGGGGCACUUGAUGGGCUUAAGACUGCGAUGGCCACACGGAUCCUGUAUGAGUUCAUCUCGGAGAGGAGGAUGACAAUCACAGACAGCAUUGAACGCUGUCUCAAGAAAGGCAAAGGCGACGAGCAGCGAGCAGCAGCUUCUUUAGCCUGCCUGCUGUGUAUCCAGCUGGGCUCGGGCAUCGAGAGCGAGGAGGUGUUCAAGACCCUGAAACCCAUCUUCAAAAACAUCCUGGCAGAUGGAUCAGCCAACAUACAAGCCAGACAGGCUGUGGCGACAAGUCUGGGUCUCUGUACGUUAGUGGCAGAAGAUGACAUUUUGGACGUGCAUGCUACCAUGGAGUGCUUCGAGAACCUGUUCACCCGAUCCUAUGCGAGGAUGGAUGGCACCUGUCCUUUGAUCAGUCCCCAGACGAGCCAGCUCCACACCAACGCCCUGCUGUCCUGGGCUCUGCUGCUCACCAUCUGCACUGCCAACCAGCUCAAAGACAUCCUGCGCAAACACCUGCCAAAACUGCCAAGAUUGCUGGAAAGUGAAGAUGUCAAUAUGAGAAUUGCUGCAGGGGAGACCAUUGCCCUGCUCUUUGAGUUGGCCAGAGACAUGGACACUGAGUUUGAGUUUGAUGACUGGGAUGAACUGUGUGACAAACUGAACGCGUUGGCCACUGACUGUAACAAGCACAGAGCCAAGACGGACAAGAGGAAGCAGCGGUCGGUGUUCAGGGACGUACUCAAGGCUGUUGAGGAGAGUGACUUCCAGCCUGAGACCAUCCGCUUUGGGACCGAGCGCAUGACCAUUGACAGCUGGGUCAGAAAGAGGACUUAUGAUGCCUUCAGGGAGUUUGUGGGCUCUGGGAUGAACUACCAUCUACAGGCAAAUGAAUUCAUCAGAGACGUGUUUGAACUGGGACCACCGAUGUUGGUUGAUUCAGCCACAAUCAAGGCCAUGAAAAUCUCUCGCUUUGAAAGGCAUCUCCACAACUCUGCUGCCUUCAAGGCUCGGACCAAGGCCAGAAGCAAGUUCAGGGACAAGAGGGUGGAUGUGGGAGAAUUUUAAUCUUUUAUUUAAAUUUUUAUUUUUUCACUCUUAAUACCCUAUUUAUCAGGCUUUCCUGCUUUUUAGAUGAAUUACCACGACUUUGUUUCCAUGUGGAAGUCUAUGUUUUGAUUAUCAAACACUCGCUCUGUAGACUUGAAAGGUGGCUUCAUCACACACGCUCUGCUCUCGCAUGGGACAAAACACUCUUUUAUAGCCUUUCAAAUCUGUAGGAAGGGAGCGUUCGAUAAUCAAACGGUGGGUUUUGCAUAGAGAAUAACUUUAUGUAUGUAUGUAUUUAUGUAUGUAUCCACAUAAGCAGUGGUGUUGUACAUAUAGUGUAUAUUUCUUUGCUCCUCCAUGUUAAUAUUCAUUAUGUGGCCUUUUUGAUUUUGUUUUUAACAUAAAUUAUAUAAUUUUGCCAGCAUUUGUGUUGCACCAUGUAGUUCUUGUUAGCUCAUAGCAAUAUUGUGACUGAUCUAAAUUAAGUUACACUUCCUUGUUAACCCUUAGGGGGAUAUUUCUGUACGACCUCGGUGAAUAUUGUGUUGUCCUUUCUUUUCUCUUUUUUUUGGGUAUGUAAUCUAAAAAGGCAAGGAUGGUGAAAUAAACACUGAAAAGCUGUUAGAAAUGAA